AUGAGGGUGCGGCUGGCCAGACGCUGGUCCUGGCUUGGCAGAGCGUGCCUUUUCCUCGGGCUCUUGACGGCUGCUUUCUUCGUAUUGGAGCUGUCCAUCUCCGGUUUCCAGGAGGCUUCCUCUGGGAGCAGUGUCACCGGCAGGCGAUGGGAGAGACGCUUCUCAGACAGGGCUGAAAACCCUGAGGAACUGGCCCGGCCCCUCUAUGAGAAAUCUCCCCCAGAUUCCUACGGUCUAGGGGAGUGGGGGAAGCCUGCCCACCUGCAGCUGAGUCCCGAGGAGAAGAAGCUUGAAGAAGAGCUGAUUGAAAAGUAUGCCAUCAACAUCUACUUGAGCGACAAAGUCUCUCUGCACCGCCACAUCCAAGACGGACGGAUGUCGGAGUGCAAGUCCAAGGCGUACAACUAUCGGAAGCUGCCCACCACGUCGGUCAUCAUCGCGUUCUACAACGAGGCCUGGUCGACCCUGCUGCGGACCAUCCACAGUGUUUUGGAGACUUCGCCUGCCAUUCUGCUGAAAGAGAUCAUACUGGUAGACGAUUUGAGCGACAAGGCGUACCUCAAGGGAGAGUUGGAGCGGUACAUCAGCGAUCUGGAAAGGGUCCGUUUGAUCAGAACCAACAAACGGGAAGGGCUGGUUCGGGCCCGCUUGAUUGGGGCCACCUACGCCACCGGGGACGUUCUCACCUUCCUUGACUGCCAUUGUGAAUGUGUUCCUGGAUGGUUGGAGCCGCUUUUGCAACGGAUUUACGAGAACGAGAGUGUGAUCAUUUGUCCAGUUAUUGAUACUAUCGAUUGGAAUACAUUUGAGUUCUACAUGCAGUCUGCCGAGCCGAUGAUUGGGGGAUUUGAUUGGCGGUUGACGUUCCAGUGGCACUCCGUGCCAGAUUAUGAGCGGCAAAGGCGGAAAUCCAGAAUCGAUCCAAUCAGGUCCCCAACGAUGGCCGGGGGGUUGUUUGCUGUGAGCAAAAAGUAUUUUGAGUACCUUGGAACAUAUGACAUGGGGAUGGAUGUCUGGGGAGGGGAGAAUCUGGAACUGUCCUUUCGGGUGUGGCAGUGCGGAGGCAUCUUGGAGAUCCAUCCUUGUUCCCACGUGGGGCACGUGUUUCCUAAACGGGCGCCGUACGCCAGGCCAAACUUCCUCCAGAACACUGCCCGUGCUGCGGAGGUAUGGAUGGAUGACUACAAGGAGCAUUUCUACAACAGAAACCCUCCAGCACGGAAAGAAAAUUACGGGGAUCUUUCCGAAAGGAAACUCCUGCGGGAGCGCCUGAAGUGCAAAAACUUCAGUUGGUAUUUGAAAACGAUAUUUCCUAACCUGCACGUGCCGGAGGAUCGGCCUGGCUGGCACGGCGCCAUCCACAGCAUGGGCAUUUCCUCGGAAUGCCUAGACUACAACUCACCUGAACACAAUCCUACUGGGGCCCACCUUUCUCUCUUUGGAUGUCACGGCCAAGGAGGCAACCAGUUCUUCGAAUACACUUCCAACAAAGAAAUCCGUUUUAACUCUGUGACAGAACUCUGUGCCGAAGUUCCUGAGCCGAAGGAGUUUGUGGGCAUGAGAAAUUGCCCCAAAGAUGGCUCUGCAAUCCCAGAAAGCGUUAUAUGGCAUUUUAAAGAGGAUGGGACAAUUUAUCAUCCUCACUCAGGAAAAUGCUUAAGUGCUUAUCGUACUCCAGAGGGAAAACCGGAUGUACAAAUGAGGACCUGUAAUUCGGCAGAUAAAAAUCAAGUGUGGAGGUUUGAGAAAUAGAAAGGCCUGUAAUCCAGGAA